CCCCCGUCCACCCCCCAAUGUGGCACGCUGUUACAGCGCCCCAGACCCUGCUGAAUCGUCUGCUACAGCGCAGCCAGUGGUUGGCGUUUAGCGCUAACUCAACUAGAGAGCAGGGUUUUCCUCGCUUUCCCGCUGUGCCGGGUCGGGUCCCUCCUUCCCCUUCCCUGUUCCUCUUCUACUGCCACCAUCGCCUGCUACCAAAAUUCUUCGCCCCCCAAAUAUCCUCGCUCUCCUACCUCGUCUCUUCAAUAUUCUCUUUUCCCACCCUUCGCUCUCCUCUCCUAUCUUGUCACCCUCUCUCGAUUUCCUUGUCUUUACAACCGCCGUUGCCGACGCACUUGUUCUUUUCCUUCCUUCUCUACUACCUCGUUACGACACUCCCCCACUGUAUCUUGCAGUACCACAACCCAGUAGGAACGUCUUGCGCACCGUGCGUUACAGUUGCCAACCCUGCCCAACAACCCAAAACCACACCAAACAACUGGCAAACACCGUAUACAACGCUGCAUCGUAAUUUUAGACGCUCAAUCCAUUGCGCUGCCAAGCACCUGUCACGCCCUCGCCAGCCAAAACUCUGUUCAAGCGCGCUUUCUACCGUGUUGACGCAUCGAGCGAACUUUGAGCCUCAGCCCAUUUAUACAAAGACGCGCCUCCCACCCGACACGAUUUACAACCAAAUUCGCCUUUAAUAACGAUUACCGAUGAGCUUAUAGUCGAAAAAAAGACAUCAACUACAGACUCUGCGGUGAAUUUCUAUUCUCCCAACUACCACACAACCACAUCACAGCGCCAUGGCAGUCGUCCUCCCGUCAGAGGACGACGGCUACUUUGCUCCGUCACUACGUCGUUCGCAGUCGCAAACCAAAUUUCUCAGACCUUUAGGCUAUAGCCUGCCAGCGAAGCUGGACGAUUCAUACGAUCCGACCUCUAAAUCCUCCUCCGAGUCCGACCCUUCCUCCGCACCAUCCUCCCCUCGCACAGCCCAUGUCGAAUCGACAGACCUUUCCUACGUCUCUACGCCAGCCAGCAAUUUGUCGAUAGCGUCAGAGUACGACGAGUCACCGGAAGAUCACUUUGUGCUGCCGCCAUACGAGCAAGAGAAGAUCUUUAACCGACCCGAUUUCCCAAUGCUCGGAGAUGUAGACUCGGACGAUGAGUUGCCCAAGGGCUCUCCCGACCAAGCAUCACAAGAGCCCGAUUCUGAGGGAACUUCCCGACCUGGUUCGCCUAGUUCGCCUGACAAACGGACACCUGCUGAAGAUGACACUGCUGUGGCCUCGAAGCCUUCAAGGCAGGUAGAUUAUCUGUCUCAUAACUGGGCUGAGGAAGAUAUUUGGACAUCUUGGAGAUAUAUUGUCUCCAAAAGAGGUGAAUUCUCCAACAGCGCAAGAUUAGAAAAUGCGUCGUGGAGAACCUGGAUGAAGGCCAAGAAUAACCUCAAGACCAUUUCACCAGAGAGCCUAAACUGGCUUAAGGACUGCGACGUCACCUGGCUAUAUGGCCCACUCCAGUCGCGACCCAGCAAGCUCUACGAGUCACACACAGAACCCUCAAGUUCCUCCAUGUCCAAGACGGAAUCUCUGGUCAACAUGGCCACGAAGAAGCCGAUUCUUAAAAAACGUACAAUGUCGGAGAUUAUGCUUCAGCACUCUCUCUCUUCAGCGUCUUUACUCAAGCAGGCUGCUGCAUCAAUCCAUGCUCAACAAGAAGUUAGCGAUCCUGAAAUCGACUUCGCUCCCGUUUCUUUCGCGUCCCGACAUCUCAGCAUUGCGAGUGCAAGCACUGUGGAGUCCACGGAUUCCUCCACUCUUGCGUCGCCUUGCACAGAGCGUCGACAUAUCCAUUUUAAUGAGCAAGUUGAGCAGUGCAUCGCCAUCGACGUUAAGGGAGACGAUGAGGACGAAGAUAUCGACAUGGACAUGUACUGUGAUGAGAGUGACUCCGAAGAAGGCGUCAUGAUGAAGCACAUUGCAGCAAAGAAGCGUGGACCUCGUCGCAAAACACCCAAGAGGGGUAUUGAUGGCAAGAUUAUUGCCAAGCUGCCAUCCACGAAGCUCAAGUAUCGCGAAGAUACACCUGAGCCCCGCGAAACUGCCAUGAGACACAGUCGUAGCCCUUUGAUAUCGCCAUCGUCGUCGCAAGAGACACUGCGACCCACUCGUCAAAAGAACCGAUUUUAUUUUGAUGAAGAAGACGAUGAGGACAUGGAUGAUGAGACUAGCAGCCCUCGAAGCGGCUGGCGGUCACCUCCAGGAGAAGGCGGCUUGCAACGAUCCUCCUCCACAGGCAGUCUGCAAGAUGCUGCUUCUGGCCUCCGGCGCACAUCGUCCGGUAUGCUCAUGCCGUGCGAGGAUUUGGAUGCAGCUGCUGGCGAUGGCAUUCUCGGCCGUGUCAUCGAUACUGUCAACACUGCUCGCGAUAUUGCCCACGUUAUAUGGAAUGUAGGAUGGCGCAAAUAAUUACGGCAACGUUGAUAUGAGGGCACGGAUUGCGCCAUCUUUUGAAAUUUGGUUUUAUACAUCAUGGCCAGCCUCUGAAAUUCGACCUAUAUGGAUAUAUUCUUUUACUGUUAUUUUUAUCGACAUGUUUACGGCCCAGGUGGGAUUGAAAAUGGGACUUGUGUUUUUGUUUGAUUUGUAUUGCUCGCCCUAAACCAGAGGGGCACUAUUAUGAGAGCAUUGUCUGUUUUAUCAUUGGCGUUUUUUGUUUGCUUGGACCAAUGCACAACCUGGCAGUAACGACGUUGCCAGGACUAGGAGUUUUGGAUAGCACACACUAGGCUAGAAAGGAAGGCAGGGUGAGAAGCCCGCGUAUGCCUUUAUAGUAUAGCAUAGCAAAUCAAAAUCAUGAUUAUACAAAACAUGUUGUAGCUUAAUGCAAU